AUGGCCAAUUUCUCUGAUCCCGAGGCCAAGGGCUGGGUUUCCGACUUACUCCUAAAAUCGUCCGAGUCAGUCAUGGAGAUGGCGCACAUUGCCAACGAUGCCAACAAAGAAGCCAGGGUCUUCUACAGUCACCUAGCGUCCCAUUGUGUCAGAUUACGAGACUUCUUAGUGCGCGCACGGCAGGCCUCGACCCGAAUAAACGGUGAACUGGUCAAGCAGGCCCUGGUUCACCUCGGUUCUAUCGUGUCAGAGAACUGCGUCCAGCAAUUUCCGUUUAAUUCCGCGAAGUUGGAAUUCCGUCUCGAGGUGCUCAAUCUUUACUGGAGCGAGGCCCGAAAGCAACCUGGCGAGAAGAAACUCGAGUUUGUUAGCAGAUGGUUGACACCUGGGGAGCAACGAGACGAGGUGGAUAAAGCAUUGGAGAGCUGUGCCGACGCUCUUGACAAACAACACCCAGAUCAGGCUUACAGAAAAUCGGCAGCCAAGUUCCCAUCUCUAGACGUUGUUGAACCGUCAUAUACCAUCUGCAAGGCUGCCCAAUCGAUCUUCGAUGCAUUAUUAGACUGUAAGAGAUGCUCCUGUCCCAGCCAGCAUGAGUUUGGGGCAAAACUCGAACUGGGCACGUACCGGAGGCCCAACAAGAAAGUGAACAAGAAACCGCUUGCCAAUUCUAUUCGAAAUCGCGUCCGAAAUCUUCGUGGCGAUGACGAUGCCGCUGGGGAUCUUGAUUUUGACAUCUUCCUCUCCAUGGAGCGGGAUUGGCACGAGGUUCGCGUCCAGACCUUCAAAGAGCCAGGAGGUUGCUCUAAUCUUCCAGGAGAGGUGGCCUCACUUCGUGUAAGCAGCACUGAGGGCAGGUACACAAGGGUGGAGAGACUAUGCAGACCAAUUACCAAGACGAGAACGAAGGCUUUGCAACGCCUUGUGUUGAAGCUCACCAGUGGCCAACUUUUUGAGAUGGGAUUUGAGAAGAGCAACUUUUUGAUAGACAAGACCGCCCAUCCGAUGUCUCUCUCGCAAUGUUUUGAAGACCGGCACGACUUCUUCACAGAAAAAACGAAGCGAAUUCUUUCUCUAAUCAUCGGCUCUACAAUUAUGCACCUAAACGGCACUUCCUGGCUCCAGCCAGGGUGGGGGUCGGCAAACAUCAUGUUCUUCCAGACAACUUCGUGCAAGACUCCGUUGCGACCUUUCAUCCAAACGCAGCUACCCAAGGCUAGUCCCGCCGGCACAACUAAUUCUCUACUCGUCGUGAAUUGCGCAGACGCCGAUGAUGAGACAUCGAACGAUCUGGAUUUAGGGCAUCGCUGUCCGAUAAUGGUUGCUCUAGCCGUUGUCCUCAUAGAGGUGCAUUUCGUCAAGCCAUUCAAGAAAUUGGCAGAAAUGCACGAUGUUCCACUGAUUGAGGUUCCUAGUGGCCGCAUAACCCUCAUCGAUGUGGACCAGGUUUUCAAUGGCGAUGAGGAACUUGGCAGGGAGGGAUGGCGAUCCCAGAUCCCCGAAGACUCUCCUCUUCUUAUGGCCAUUGACAACUGCUUGGAUGGUGAGUUGUGGGAGGACGAAGAAGGCGGGGCCCUCGACAGUGAGACGCUCAGGUCGCGAAUAUAUCAGCAUGUUGUUCGACUGCUAGAGCUUCACCUGAUCCAAGGCUUCAGCCACAUACCGCUAGACGGCGUUGACGAAUAUGCCAGAGAUCUAGACUUUGGGAGAUGGGGCCAGGUCAUAAACAGCCGGGAGCUAGACAGCCAAGCAGCUCCGAUGCCCCCGGAGGUGCCCAAACCAACCCAGACCCUAUCAUCCACUGUUAUGCUACCUACUCCAAACCAAACUGGAGUCCGUCCGCUCAGGCCCACGUGGGGGCAUCGGUAUGCACAGAUAUAUCCUGUGGGUUCGCAUCCGUCGCUGGGUCUGGAUACCACGUUGAAUAGCGUUCGUGAUUAUAGGCUACCUCACUUCUUUGAUGAUGAAAUCGGUGGCCGGAUCUCCUUACAACCUCCUGCCAGCCGCACACACUUCCAUGUUGCCAUUAUAUGCGCUUUGCCUCGAGAAGCCGAUGCCGUCACCCUGCUUUUCGACCAAUUCUGGGACGAGGAGCGUGAUCUUUACGGCCGAGCGGAUGGAGACGUGAAUACCUAUAUCACAGGUCGCAUCGGAGAUCACAACGUUGUGCUUGCUCUCCUCCCAGGCAUGGGAACAAAUAAUGCAGCUGCUGCAACUGCUAGCUUGCGAUCGAGCUACACCAGCCUUAGGCUCGCUAUCCUCGUCGGUGUCUGUGGGGGAGUUCCUCGCAUCGCCAACGUUGAUGCAUUUCUAGGCGACGUAGUAGUGAGCAAGACUAUCAUCCAGUAUGACUAUGGCAGGCGACAUCCUGGACAAUUUACAGUGAAGAGUACCGUCGAAGACAGCCUUGGGAGCGCCAACAGGGAUAUUCAAGGCCUUCUUGCGGUUUUUGAAACGGAGUUGAUGAGGAAGCGGCUACAAAAAGAGGCUUCGGAGCACUUGAAACAUUUGCAAAAGGCAGCUAAAUUGGAGCGACGGCGAGCAGAUUAUAGUUAUCCUGGGACUGUCGAAGAUAAACUAUAUCCUCCGGCCUAUGCUCACAAGCAUUGGAUAUCGUGUUACCUGUGUACUACUUCAGAUGCGUUCUGUGAGUCAGCUUCUGAGGCGUCGUGUGCCGUUGCGGGAUGCAGUUCAACCAACCUAGUUGUAAGAGAACAUACUGUCGAAGAGGCCAAUUUCAGCUCAGAGAUCUUCAUCGGCCGAGUAGGGUCAGGAAACACAAUCAUGAAGAGCGGGGAAGACCGUGAUCGAAUCGCCAGCGCACAUAACAUUAUUGCUUUUGAAACGGAAGGCGCUGGAGCCUGGGAUGAAGUUCCGUGUAUUGUUGUGAAGGGUAUCUGUGACUAUGCAGACAGCCAUAAUAAUGAAACCUGGCAAGACUUUGCCGCAGCCACUUCUGCAGCCGUCACGAAGGCUAUUCUUGGGCGGUAUAUCGUCCGUGAUGGGGAUCGGGAUCCAGCCCGAAUUAAUGGUAUGACCUUGUCUCAUCAUCUUGUUCUUUCGUACUAA